CGCAGCGCCGGCAGGAGGGCGAUGGUGGUGGAGUGAGACACGGCGGGACCCGGGCUGGCUGCCCGGCCGGCGGGGCGAGGAGAAGCGGCGUGCGCCCGGUGCUUGCCAUGAAGCUGCGGGAGGACGAGGACAGCCGCAGGGCGCUGCCGCCGGCGGGGUUGCUGCAGUAAUGGGCAGCGGCAUCGCUGCCUCUCGCCUGCCGUGUGGUGCCAGCGUCCGCGCCCGCCCGGCGGGGACUCCCCCUGAGGAGCCGGGGGCAGGUGCGGACACCUUGUGCUUCCCCGUACUCCUCAAUGAAGAGGCUUUUUACACCGCACACAGCAGAGAUGCCGCUUUCCUUUGGAUGGAGAAGACCCAUCUGGGUUUCUCCCUGCUCAGCUCGCUGAUAAGCGUUUCUCGGCUCAAAAGGGAGAGAGGCAUUUCCAUUUCAAUAUGAUGCAGCGAGGAAGAUGGGGAAUCCUGGGCAGCCAGGGUUCAGGAAAUGCCCCUUCAUCUUUUAUCCUCCUCUUCACCCUAACACUCCCUUAUCGGCUUCUUGGCUGUUCUUUCACCUUGGAAGGAGAAAUGGGAGCGAGAGUCCUGCAGUCUCCACAUCAUCUACCGUGUGAGGAAUGGUGAUUCUGUGAGAGAACUUCCUUUCAGUUACCUGUCUGCUCCUAUUGCAUGCUGCUCCUGGCCAGUGAUGAGCCAUUCAGCUAGACUGGGAUUUUCCGUGAAGAAGGGAGAGGCAGAAUAUGACUUAUAGACAGCCCACCAAGUUUCUUGCUCGCUGUUUUUACUGUGUCUGUAUAUAAAUCUGCUAUUAUCAAGCACACGCACUCUUAAACCUACAUUGGUAUUCCCAGAGGAGCAGUAUUUCUCACCAUCAUGGCUUCAGUUUGGAAAAGACUGCAGCGUGUUGGAAAACAUGCAUCUAAGUUCCAGUUUGUGGCCUCUUACCAGGAGUUGAUGGUUGAGUGCACCAAAAAAUGGCAGCCAGAUAAACUGGUGGUCGUCUGGACAAGAAGAAGCCGAAGAAAAUCCUCUAAGGCUCAUAGCUGGCAGCCUGGAAUCAAGAAUCCCUACCGCGGGGUGGUGGUAUGGCCUGUUCCUGAAAAUGUUGAAAUUACUGUGACUCUUUUUAAGGAUCCCCACGCUGAAGAGUUUGAAGACAAAGAAUGGACGUUUGUCAUAGAGAAUGAAUCUCCUUCUGGUCGCAGAAAAGCACUUGCCACCAGCAGCAUCAACAUGAAGCAAUAUGCAAGCCCCAUGCCUACCCAGACAGACGUCAAGUUAAAAUUCAAACCUUUGUCUAAGAAAGUUGUAUCUGCAACACUACAGUUCUCUUUAUCUUGUAUUUUCCUGAGGGAAGGAAAAGCCACGGAUGAAGAUAUGCAAAGCCUGGCUAGUUUGAUGAGCAUGAAACAAGCUGAUAUUGGAAAUCUAGAUGAUUUUGAGGAAGACAAUGAAGAAGAUGAAGAAAAUAGAGUUAAUCAAGAGGAAAAGGCUGCAAAAAUUACAGAGCUUAUCAAUAAGCUUAACUUUCUGGAUGAAGAGGAGCAUGACCUGGCCAACUCUAGUACAAACCCUUUCGGAGAUCCUGACACAGCAGAAUUAAAUCCGUUUGGAGACCCUGAUGUAGAAGAGCGGGACACUGAAAUAGCUUCAUCUUCAAAGCCAGAAGAAAGUUUCUGUGUUGAUAAUUACAAUCCCUUCAAGGAUGAAGAUGCCCCAGAGUACUUGAACCCAUUUGAUGAGCCAGAUCCUGAGCCUGUAACGUUUGUAACUGUAAGAGGUUCUCCUCCACAACCUGCAAAAAGGAAGAAUGUCAGACCUGUGGAUAUGAGCAAAUACCUCUAUGCAGAUACCUCUAAAGCUGAAGAGGAAGAGCUAGAUGAAUCAAAUCCAUUUUAUGAACCAAAAUCAAGCCCUGCUUUAUUUAAAGUUGCUCCGUUGCAAGAACCAGAGAAGAAGAUGAAAAGAAAGGCUCCUGAACCACCAAACCUCUUGCCAAAGACAGAGACAGGCAUGAGUGAGAACACAUCAGCUAUUCCUGCAUCGAGAGAGCUUUCUUCUUCUCCUAAGCCAAGCCCUAUACCAAGUCCUGUCUUGGGGAGGAAGCCAAAUGCUAGUCAGUCACUGCUUGUGUGGUGCAAAGAAGUUACAAAAAACUAUAGGGGAGUGAAAAUCACCAAUUUUACUACAUCAUGGAGAAACGGUUUAUCCUUUUGUGCAAUAUUACAUCAUUUUAGACCAGACCUAAUUGACUACAAGUCCCUGAAUCCUCAAGAUAUUAAAGAGAACAACAAAAAGGCAUACGAUGGGUUUGCCAGUUUAGGAAUAUCACGAUUGCUGGAACCUUCUGACAUGGUUUUGUUAGCAAUACCUGACAAGCUGACUGUUAUGACCUAUCUCUAUCAAAUAAGGGCACAUUUCUGCGGCCAGGAAUUAAAUGUGGUUCAAAUAGAGGAGAACAGUAGUAAAAGCACAUAUAAAGUGGGUAACUAUGAAACGGACACAAACAGUUCUGUUGACCAGGAAAAAUUCUACGCAGAGCUGAACGACCUGAACCGGGAGCCUGGGUUGCAUCCACCAGACAGCGCUUUGGCAGACUUUGCUUCCCAAGAUGACUCCGUGUUUGUAAAUGACAGUGGUGUUGGUGAAUCUGAGAGCGAGCAUCAGACUCCCGAUGACCAUUUAAGCCCAAGCACAGCUUCCCCUUCUUCUCGCAGGACUCGAAGUGACACAGAUGCACAAAAAUCCCAGCAGAGUUCUGGAAGGACUUCUGCAUCUGAAGACGGGAAAUGUACCGAUACAACGCAAGCGCAGCCCACGCUGGGAAGGAAGAAACUGCUGAUAGCUGAUGCUUUAGACUUGAGUGACUUGGCACAUGUCAGUGAUCAAAAAGAGGAUGUGUCUCCCAUGGUUGCUUGUGAAGAUAAUGACAAAAGGAGACACCAGAGCUCAGACAGUACCAUUGGUUUCUCAGAGCAAGAAAAGCUGGGAUGUAUAGGAUCUACAGAGAGCACAAGAGCAGAUCCUGGUUCACCUGUCACAAAGCUGAGUUUAUCUCCUACUCAGCUUGGAUACCCCUAUAACAAGGAUAUGGAACUUGGGAAGAAAACACAUACUUCUCCAAGGCAAACAGAAUCUGAUUCUGACAAUGAUGCCAGAAGUGCUUUAAAUCAUGCAGAUCAAACUGCAAAAACAGCCCAGCAACGAAUGUUGUCAAGACAGGAAGAACUUAAAGAACGAGCAAGAGUUCUGCUUGAACAAGCAAGAAGAGAUGCAGCUCUAAAGGCAGGGAAUAAGCAGCUAACCAAUACGAUCGUCCCAGCCCGCAAUAAGCAACUGAAUGAUCAGCAAGAUGAAGAGCGGCGUCGGCAGCUGAGAGAGAGAGCUCGUCAGCUAAUAGCAGAAGCUCGAUCUGGAGUGAAGAUGUCAGAACUUCCUAGCUACAGUGAAAUGGCUGCAGAAAAGUUGAAAGAAAGGUCAAAGACAUCUGGAGAUGAGGAUGAGGAUGAUGAUAAUAUUGAGAUAGAUACUAAUGAGGAGGUUCCUGAAUGCUCUGUCACUGGAGGUGGAGAUGAGCUUACUAACCUAGAAAAUGACCUUGAUUCAACGGCAGAACAAAACAGUAAGUUGGUGGAUUUGAAGCUGAAGAAGCUCCUAGAAACUCAGCCACAGGUGGCAAAUUCACUCUCCAGUGCUGCUCAGAAAGCUGUAACUGAGAGCUCAGAGCAAGACAUUAAGCAGAAUGGAACAGAGGAACAUCGUGCUGAGCGAUUACAAAAAGCAGCAGAACGGUUUAGAAAUCCCGUUGUGUUCAGCAAAGACUCUACCGUCAGAAAAACUCAGCUCCAGUCUUUCAGUCAAUACGUCGAGAGCAGACCAGAGAUGAAAAGGCAGAGAUCAAUACAGGAAGAUACAAAGAGAGGAAAUGAGGAGAAGGCUGCGAUAACUGAGACUCAGAGGAAGCCAUCAGAAGAUGAAGUGCUUAAUAAAGGGUUCAAAGACACCAGUCAGUAUGUUGUAGGAGAAUUGGCAGCACUAGAGAAUGAGCAAAAGCAAAUUGACACCCGUGCCGCGCUGGUGGAGAAGCGCCUUCGCUAUCUCAUGGACACAGGAAGAAACACAGAAGAAGAAGAAGCUAUGAUGCAGGAAUGGUUCAUGCUGGUUAAUAAGAAGAAUGCCUUAAUAAGACGGAUGAACCAGCUUUCUCUUCUGGAAAAAGAACAUGACCUAGAAAGGCGCUACGAACUGCUGAACCGGGAGCUAAGAGCAAUGCUUGCUAUUGAAGACUGGCAGAAGACCGAGGCGCAGAAAAGGCGAGAGCAGCUUUUGCUGGACGAACUCGUUAUUCUCGUUAACAAACGGGAUGCGCUGGUCAGGGACCUGGACGCCCAGGAGAAGCAGGCCGAGGAAGAGGACGAGCAUUUGGAGAGGACCCUCGAGCAAAACAAAGGCAAGAUGGCCAAGAAGGAAGAGAAAUGCGUCCUCCAGUGAGCGGCCUUCCCGCAGCGAUGGCGAAAUCGCAGCGCGGCUCUUUCUUACGUUUUUAAAAUGCCGACAUGAGACUGGGGAAAAAAAAAUGUUUUGGAAAAAAAAAAUUAAACUUUUUUCCAUUUUGUUAGGCCGGAUCUAGGCUGCGCCGGGCCCCUCUCCGUUGUUUUUUUGUUUCCAUUCAAGCGAACUCUCGUUGUACCGGGGUUUUCUUGUGGGCUCAGCUCUCCUGCCGAAAGGGUUUGAAAUGAAAGCGCCGAGACCCUGGGCGUGCGGGCGAUGUCGGAGAUGUGCGGAAGGAGCAGAAGAAAUAAAGUCUGUCCUGGUUUCUGUAGCUAGAGGAGGGCUGAGUUUUGAAAUAAAUACGUUUUUGUCGUAAUAGGAUUAGAGAGGGGGGAUGUAGGAGGAAAAAAAAUCAUUGGGAAUGGUUUCAUCGAGUCCUGCCAUAUGUAAUACUUAAUAAGCUACCUACAUUUUAUAGUUAGGUCAGAUCCACCCCAGUUAUUAUUAAAAAUGUGCUGUAUUUACCAGUGUUUUAUUUCAGCAGUUUUACAUUUCCCCGGGAGUAGAGCUGAGCUGCCCUGGUUUACCUGGGGGGUUUCUCCCCUGGAAUUAGCGCAAAGCCCAAGGAGCGGCUGCCGGCGGUGCUGAGCCCGGGGCAGAGCCUGGUACGGCCCGGCUCGGCUCGACCAGGGGCAGCGCGGCGCCUCCCCCCGCUCUCCCCACCCUCUCCCCCACCUUCCCCCCGUGUCCCCCGUGAUCCCGGGCCGCGCUGCCCCUCCGCGUUAUUUAUUGCGCCCGGGCCGCCUCCCCCACCCCCGCCGCCCCUGCGCGGAGACUCCCCCCUCCCGAGUUACCCCCCCGCCCCGCCCGUGUGUCCCCACGCGUGUCCCGCGCUUUCAUCGUCCCUUUGUGGAGCUCGUCUCGUUUAUUUAUUACAAUAUCUAGUCAUAUAUAAAAUUUUCAAUAAAAGCCGAAUCUUUCUUACCGUAA